UCCGUAAGGUGAUACGUCUAUUCUGUACCUCGUCUGUGGUAUUAGCAUGAUUGUAUCUUUACAAAAUUAUUUGUUGAAAAGCACAUUUAAUGUAAUUGUUUCGUAAUGAUUCUUUUGUGAUAUAAAUUGAUUGAAAGUGUGAGUAAUAAAACAAGACCUAACAAAGAAAGUUUUUGACACAGAACUGAAACGUAUUCCGGGAGAAACUUUGACAGUUUGUGGUUUCAAGCAAUCAUAAGUUUUUAUUUAAUCAAAAAAUUGAAGAAACGGGCAUGGAAAAUACUUCAAAUAAGGAAGAACAAAAUAAUCAGGAUGAUACAGACUCUGAAGUAGAUGAAGUAGAGCCUAGAUUGAAAUAUGCAAGGUUGCGAAACGAUUUAGAACGUAUAUUACAAAAUGAUGCAGCUAGUUGUAUUGCAGUACAUCCUAAGUUCCUAUGCCUAGGUUCACACUGGGGUAUGAUACAUCUUUUAGAUCAUCAAGGAAACAAUAUACAAUCUAAGAGUCUGCAAACACAUACAGUUGCUGUAAAUCAGAUUUCUAUAGACCAUAAUGGAGAUUUCGUUGCAUCUUGUAGUGAUGAUGGAAAAGUUUUUAUAUAUGGUCUUUAUAGCACAGAGAACAAUCAUAAUAUGAGUAUGGGCAGAUUAGUUAAAAGUAUAGCUAUAGAUCCAAAUUAUUAUAAAAAUGGUAGUACAAGAAGAUUUAUCACAGGGGAUGAUAAAUUGGUUUUGUAUGAAAAAACUUUUUUAUGCAGAAUGAAAUUAAGUGUACUAUCUGAGGCAGAAGGUGGAGUAAGAUCAAUUGCAUGGAAUGGACACUUCGUAGCAUGGGCAUCUGAUACUGGUGUUAGAGUUUAUGAUUUAAAUGCCAGAUGUUCAUUAGGUCUCAUUAGAUGGCCUAGGUCUGCUCAUGCAUUACCAGAACAUUAUAGAUGUAAUCUGCGGUGGUCAGAUGAGAGGACAUUAUUAAUUGGGUGGGUUGAUAUAGUACGUACAUGUCAGAUUAGGAAGAGAUCAGUGCAGGAGAUGGUUAAUAGAGAUUUACCAGAAUAUGCAGUAGACCCAGUUUCAACAUUUCAAGUGGACUUCUACAUUUCUGGUAUUGCACCCUUAGAAAAUCAGUUAGUACUGUUGGGUUGUGUGAAGGAAUUAGAUCCAAAUGGAAACCGUCAAAGGCCAACAUUGCAUGUUGUUAAACCAAUGUUUGAAGAUUUUUCUAUUGUCUGUGCAAACAGUCUUACACUUCGUGGUUAUAAAGAAUACAGUUGCAAUGAUUAUCAUUUAGAUUGCUUGAAAGAAGAAAACAGGUUUUUUAUUGUAAGUCCAAAGGAUAUUGUUGUAGCUAGUUUAUAUGAUGCAGAUGACAGAAUUGAGUGGUUGUUAAAUCGUGAAAAGUUUGAGCAAGCAUUAGAGGCAGUAACAGUAAAUAAUGGCAAAGACUGUAAGAAAUACACUUUAGUUAGUGUCGGCCGUGAAUAUUUAGACCAUUUGCUAGCUUCUGAAAAGUACGAUGAAGCAGGCAAACUCUGCUUAAAAAUUUUCGGAAAUGAUAAGCAACUGUGGGAGGGAGAAGUAUAUAAAUUUGCAAGAAUUCAUCAGUUACGGUCUAUCUCUUCCUAUCUUCCAAGAGGCAACGUGAAGUUAGAGCCAGUGGUUUAUGAAAUGGUUCUUUAUGAAUAUUUAAAAAUGGACCCUAAUGGAUUUCUCCAACUAAUCAAAGAAUGGUCCCCAAAAUUGUAUAAGGUUGCAGCUAUUGUAAAUGGUAUUUUGGAGCACCUUUUAGUUCCUAAUCAACCACAGAAUGUAGCAGUGCUACUAGAAGCCCUAGCUAUCUUAUAUACUCACGAUGGAAAGCAUGACAGAGCAUUAGCUAUGUACUUAAAGUUGAAGCAUAAAGAUACAUUUGAAUGUAUUCAAAAGUGCAAACUGUAUCACGCUGUACAUGACAUGAUAGAACGUUUAAUAGAUGUAGAUCCAGAACGUGCAAUAGAAUUUUUGUUAGAAAAGAACCAUGUGCCAUCUGCUGUUGUUGUAGAAAAAUUACAACAUAAUCAUCAAUAUUUAUACUGGUAUUUAGAUGCAUUAGAUAAGAAAGAUAUAAAAGAUUCGGACAAACACCAUGGAUUACUAGUUCAACUUUACGCUGACUUUUCAAGAGAUAAACUGUUACCACUUUUACGUCGCUCUGAUAGUUAUCCAAUACAACAAGCACUGGACAUUUGUAGUAAAAAAAAAUUCUAUCCAGAAAUGGUAUAUCUACUCGGUAGAAUAGGAAAUACCUCUGAAGCUUUAGCACAUAUGACCAGAGAAUUAAAUGAUAUAGAAAGCGCGAUCGCAUUUUGUCAAGAACACAACGAUGAAGAACUGUGGAAUGACUUAAUCAAUUACUCUCUACAUGAACCUAAGGCUAUUACGUUCCUGCUUCAAAAAAUAGGCACGUAUGUCGAUCCUACUCUUAUGGUAGAAAAAAUACAACCGUCUUUAGAAAUUCCAGGUUUAAAAAAUGCUUUAGUUAAAAUGUUAUGUGAUUAUAAUCUCCAAGUGUCGGUACAAGAGGGCUGCAAUAAAACUUUAUCCAAUGACUAUUUUAAUUUACUCGAAAAGAUGGUUAAAUGUCAUCAGAAAGGAAUAUUGAUAGAUGACGAUCAAAUGUGUGUAGUCUGCAAUACCAAAAUAAUUGUUAGAGAACCAAGAAAUUUAGUUGUAUAUUAUUCUAAACACACGUUUCACGAACAUUGCUCAGCAGAUUUAAAAGUAGUGAAUUCUGUUAUAUGUAAUUCCCAUAUCCAUAUGUAACUUCCAUAACUCUAUACAUCUCUUGGCAGAAAAUACUACAGACAGUGGAAUUUCGACGUUAUCGUGCUGAUUAUUUUUGACCCACCGAAAUGACCAUCAAUGGACAUCGAAGAUUGCA